AAAUGGAUCAUGACAAAAGCGGAAGUCCGUGGUAAACAUGGAGCGUUCCAGAGACAGGCAGUGGAGGCCGCCACGGACAUGUGACAACUACUUGAGUGAAUUCAGACACUGCAAAAGCCUCCGAAAUCGCUUUCACCACUACUACGUGUUUGGCACCCCUCCUGUCUGCCACCAGUGGAAAGAAGACUACAAUAACUGCAGAGCAUGGGAGAAAUAUUCAGACACAAACGCCAAGGAGGCAUUACAGAGCAGCGAGAAGAACCGAGUGGCUGAGCAGACAAACUUCUCUCCAGUGUGGGAAUUAAGGAAAGCUCCACCCAGUGACUGGAACGUUCCUCUUGAUGAAAACAACAAGCCAUAUAACUCAUGAACCUGCUAUGACUGUCCAACAUAUUUAAUAUUCAUUGCACAACUUCAACAAAACUAUUCUCUGGAACCAUCUGUUUGUGACCCAUAGGUCAUCAUGCAUUGUUUUAGUGGUCUCAUAUAUAUAUGAGUAAAAUGUUUAGGGAAUCAAAAUGCCUGUUAUAUUAUUUCAACUCCCAGACUGAUUACACAACCACAAGAGUUGAGAAUGUGACAGAGCUCAUAUUUACACAGCAAAAAUCCACACCAAUACCUGCAUGUUUUGGGUCGUCAGGCUAUGCAUUAUGGUGGAGACACUCAAAUGAAUUUGGGGCUUCAGAGAUACUCUCAGAAUAAAUUGAGACAUGAACUAUAUGGACUGCAGCUAAGAGGCUCUGCCUCACGAAUCAGUACGCUGGAGAAGUGGUGAAGAGUGUCUUUCCACCUUCCAGGUGCAACUUAUAUUCCAAAGGUCUUCUUGUAUGUGGUAGCUCCAUCUCAGUUGGUAUCUUUCCAGUUGAGGAAGUCUGACACAGAUUUUGGUCUGUCAAUGAUCCAUCUCAUUUUGGAAGCAGCAAGUUUAAUAUUUUUAAAAAGAGAAACUAAUCCCAUCGGUAACACCUUUUUAAUUGGAGAAUUUCAUCAUUUCAAUCAUUUCAUAUUUUGACAAAAUGAUGUGACAUUACUUUCAGCAGAUUCACACAGUUUAAUUGAUAUUGUGGACAAUGUCUUUCAUGGUAACGGUGAUAAGCCGCUCUUCUCAAAUUUUGUUGCCGGUCACUGCGUGUAGACUCGAGUGAUGUCGUUAUAUUUCCCAUCAGGAGCUUCGUGAAUCGUUUUCGGUGGUGUAUAGACAGGACCAUCCCGAGACAGGGGGAAAAGACUGAGGUCAGGUGUCAGAGCAGCAAGAUAGAGCUCCUCCGAUUCAAUUUUCAGCUCCUCUAGCGCCUCCCUCUGGGCUUCAAGAGCGAGUUCAACUGCCUUCAUCUCAGCCAUGUGCUGCUCCUGCAGGACAAAGACACAGCAGUCAUUUAGAGGGUAGAUGUUCGAUUCUAUAGUUAUGUUAAGUCGCAGCUGUCUUGGUCAGAACAUGGUCACCUGUUUGUAUUUACACCACUUCUUCAGUAGCACAGCUCUCCGUUCACUUUCUUCAAAUGACAGCCGGGGUGCAGAGCGCUGUCUAAAACAGUCAAAAGAAAGACUUAAAUUAAUGCCUGAACAUUAAGGAAAUUUCAUUUUUUAGUUACAGAUCUUCCCCUUUAAGUCAAAGCUUGUUUCCUCGCUCAAGGUUUCGCCUACUGUUCUGUACACUGCAGUCAACAAGAGCCCUUAUGUUUCACUGGUUUCCUGGCAUGCCUCUACUUGCUGGCAAUGUACUAUUCUGACGUAAACA